CCGCGCUGCGCGGUCCGGACCGUGACCUUCACGGCAGCGGGUGCCCCGCACCGAUUUAGAGGGGUAUAUGGGACACUGUCUAGGAGGGCGUGAAUGGGGAACCCGGGACUCGGGGUCCGGGCUGUGCCGCCCCUCCCCCGCCUGUCUCCGCCGGCUCCUCGCUCCCCCGCCCGCACCGAGUCGCAAAGUUCCAAAGCGCAGCCCGAACGUUCGAAAAAGGAACUUUUUGUUUCCGACCUUAGAACGCGCGGCUUUAAGGUGGCUCCAGAGAGACCUGGGUACCUUCCUCCCGCGCCGCCGGAGGCCUUGGGUUGAGGAGCGUGGGGAGGGCGGGGGGGGGCACGCAUAGACUACCCCCCUUGUUCCUCCCGGAUCCAGCCCUUCUCUUUCUGUGGGCCGUCUUUUCCCUCUGCUUCCCCCCCCCCCCGCCAACUUGCUCCUCCUUAAGGGGCCAAGGUUCCCCUCCCCCUCGAUUGGCGGGCGGGGGGCAGCGGGAUUAACCCCCCUCCCACUCGGACUUUCCCCCCCUCCCCUCUCCAGCCGUCCCCGAGCUCGCGCGGGCUGGACUUUGCGCCAGAGCGCGCGGGGGGGAGGGGUCCUAGCCGCCCCCUGCCCGUCUACCCUGUCGGAAUCCGGCCCGGGGCGGGACAGGGGAGGGGGAAGGGGGCCGGGCGCCGGGCGCCGCUGUUCAAACUUGUUUCCUUUCCCCGGCGGCGGCCGCGGCUGGGACUCCUGUGUGCGGGUGUGUGCCCCGACCGGCCCACCCCACCCCACCCCAGCCCCUACUUGGCGGGUGGGGGCGGCUCUUAAAGGGCUCGGAGCAGGACUCCGGCGCGUAGGGAUUGGGGACCUGAAGGGGUACUCGGGUGGGCAAGGGUGCUGAGUGCUGUAGGGUCAGUCACGUGCAUCGCACAUACUCCUGGCUCCUUGCAGCUCUAGGGUCCCUCAGCCCUGGGGGUAGCAGGAGUCUAACCUUCCCGGGGGAGGGGUCAGAGGUGCCCCACCUCAUCUUCCCUUCCAGCUACCGGCCUUGGCCCGAACCGACCGGCUGGGCUGCUCCCCCUACUCUGUCUAGGGUCGGAGACUCUCGUGUGGUUUGCCUUCCCGGAUUGGGCCUACAAGCCGGAGUCAUCCCCUGGCUCGAGGCAGAUCCAGCUGUGGCACUUUAUCCUGGAACUGCUGCGGAAGGAGGAGUACCAGGGCGUCAUCGCCUGGCAGGGGGACUACGGGGAAUUCGUCAUCAAGGACCCCGAUGAGGUGGCCCGGCUCUGGGGCGUCCGCAAGUGCAAGCCCCAGAUGAACUAUGACAAGCUGAGCCGGGCCCUGCGCUAUUAUUACAACAAACGCAUUCUGCACAAGACCAAGGGAAAACGGUUCACUUACAAGUUCAACUUCAACAAACUGGUGCUGGUUAAUUACCCUUUCAUCGAUGUGGGGUUGGCUGGGGGUGCAGUGCCACAGAGUGCCCCUCCAGUGCCGUCCGGCGGAAGCCACUUCCGCUUCCCUCCCUCGACGCCCUCCGAGGUGCUAUCCCCCACCGAGGACCCCCGCUCGCCACCAGCCUGCUCUUCAUCUUCCUCCUCCCUCUUCUCUGCUGUGGUAGCCCGGCGUCUGGGUCGUGGCUCAGUCAGUGACUGUAGUGAUGGCACGUCAGAGUUGGAGGAGCCACUGGGAGAGGACCCUCGGGCACGACCACCUGGCCCUCCAGAGCUGGGUGCCUUCCGAGGGCCCCCAUUGGCCCGCCUGCCCCAUGACCCCAGUGUCUUCCGUGUCUAUCCCAGGCCCCGGGGUGGACCGGAGCCCCUUAGCCCUUUCCCUGUGUCACCUCUGGCUGGGCCUGGCUCCCUGCUACCCCCUCAACUCUCACCAGCCCUGCCCAUGACACCCACCCACCUGGCCUACACGCCCUCGCCCACUCUGAGUCCUAUGUACCCCAGUGGUGGUGGUGGCCCUAGUGGCUCAGGGGGAGGCUCCCACUUCUCCUUCAGCCCCGAGGACAUGAAACGGUACCUGCAGGCCCAUACCCAAAGCGUCUACAACUACCACCUCAGCCCUCGCGCCUUCCUGCACUAUCCUGGCCUAGUGGUGCCCCAGCCCCAGCGCCCAGACAAGUGCCCACUGCCGCCCAUGGCACCUGAGACCCCACCAGUCCAGUCCUCGGCUUCGUCCUCCUCCUCUUCCUCCUCUUCCCCAUUCAAGUUUAAGCUGCAGCCACCCCCGCUAGGACGCCGGCAGCGGGCAGCUGGAGAGAAGGCUCCAGGAGGUGACAAGAGCAUCGGUGGCAGCGCAGGGGUGGGCGGAAUGGCCGAGGGAGCAGGGGUGCUGGCCCCACCGCCACCCCCACCGCCACCACAGAUCAAGGUGGAGCCUAUCUCAGAAGGUGAAUCCGAGGAAGUGGAGGUGACUGACAUCAGUGACGAGGAUGAGGAAGAUGGAGAGGUGUUCAAGACACCUCGUGCCCCGCCUGCACCCCCCAAACCGGAGCCUGGCGAGGUGCCCGGGGCAGCCCAGUGUAUGCCUCUCAAACUGCGCUUUAAGCGGCGCUGGAGUGAAGACUGUCGCCUGGAGGGGGGUGGGGGCCCCACUGGGGGCCUGGAGGAUGAGGGCGAGGACAAGAAGGUUCGAGGGGAGGGUCCUGGGGAGGCUGGGGGACCCCUCACCCCAAGGCGGGUGAGCUCUGAUCUCCAGCAUGCCACAGCCCAGCUCUCCCUGGAGCAUCGAGAUUCCUGAGGGCUGUGGUCAGGGGGCCCAGGUUACCCCCACUCCCUAUGCUUCUUUUGCUGCCUUAACCCCCCAAAGCCCUGGAGGUGAGGGCAGCUCUUUAGUCUCUUCCCUGCCUCCUACCUUUCCCCUCCCCACAUUUUGUAUAAAACUUUACUUUUUUUUUUUUUGGUUUUUUGUUUUUAAUGAUGGGGGUGGGCGGGUGCCCAGGGCUAGGAGCAGUCCCCUGUCUCUGGGUUUCUAAGCUUGGGGUAAAAUGGUGGUGGGGGAGGGAGGGGGGAGUUAAGGGGGCCACCUCCAUCUGGGGAAUUUAUAUUUGAAUGGGGCUUUGGCCUUAACACCCAGGAACUUUUUUAUUACAAUCUCUUAGGAAGUAAAGCCUUGUCUCCCUCCCUGUUCUCUGCUUCUUGUACCUCUUCUCCACCUGUCCCCCAACCACCCUCACCCCAUCCCUGCCUUCCUUGCCCCUUCAGGGGCCAUGAGUGCCUGGGUUUUUCAUACCCCACAAGGUUGCAGCAGGAGAAGGACAAUGUUACGAUGAACCAAAAAUUUCGUGGUAGGGGGUGUUUGUGUGGGGGGGAAGGGUGAGGGGUGCCAACCAUGGGCCACAAAUCUGUACAAGUGCCUGCUCUCCCUCUCCCACUCCUCACCCCAGCAUCGAUCUACCCUUUCGCCCCCAGCUGCUCCUAGGAUUGGCCCAUGGGCAGGUGGGUGGGGGGAAUGGGAAGGGGAUGCCCUGAAACCAAACUGGAAGCCCUCUCUGCCUCCUAACUGGGGUCCCUGGGGUGGGGUGGGGGGCUGUGGUCAAGCCUUAUUCUGUAUGGGGUAUGGAGGGUGGGUCGGGAAGUAGGGGGACGCUGGAGAAUGUAUUCAAAAUAAUAAAACUUUGGACCUUUGCA